UGAUUUAAAAUAUAUAAUUACAAUUAUAAGUAUAUAAUUAUUGAAACUUAUUAUUAAAGUAUAUAAUUACUGAAGCUUGUGUGGGUGGUAAUGGAGCCUCAAAAUGUGGUGGAAUUAAGUGCAAAAUGCAUCAAAAGAAUUAGCUAAUCACAUAUAGGUGGCGGUUUGGAUAAUAGUUUAGUUAUGAGCAGUGUUCAAAAUGGUUGGUGGUCCACAUGUUUUUAAGCGUUUUCUAAUCAUUUAACUCAAACAAAAUGACUGCGAUUGUACAAGAGGAUAACGAGUUAAAGAAGUUACUGGGUAACCCUGCAAAAAAUGCUGGAGAGGAUAACUUGAUGGGUCCGCCGCAAUCAACUAAUGUUCCGCGGCCAAGUACAUCACAAAAUGUCAAUCCACAAUCACUGAUAAGUCCUAUGACUCCAGCUAAUAGUACAAAAGAAGUGAUAGAACCUUGUUUACAAAAUGUAGUUUCUACAGUGAACUUAGGCAUUGAAUUAUCACUUAUGUAUAUAAAUACUAGAACAAGGAAUUCUGAAUACAAUCCAGCACGAUUUACUGGUUUAAUCAUGAGGAUCAGAAAUCCGAGAGCUACAGCAUUAAUUUUUCAUUCAGGGAAAUUGGUGUGUACAGGAGCUAGAUGUGAAGAGGAUUCUUAUUUAGCGACAAGAAAAUUUGCAAGAAUAAUUCAAAAGCUAGGUUUUGCAGUCAAAUUUUUUAAUUUUAAAAUACAAAAUAUAGUUGCCACGUGUGAUUUAAAAUUUCCAAUCAAAUUAGAAAAUUUAAAUCAUAUACAUGGACAAUUUUCUAGUUAUGAACCUGAGCUAUAUCCAGGUCUUAUAUAUAGGAUGGUAUCACCAAGAGUGGUAUUGCUUAUAUUUGUAAAUGGUAAAAUUGUGUUAACAGGAGCAAAGAAUCGAACUGAACUGCAGGAUGCACUAAACAAUAUAUACCCAAUAUUGAAAAGUUUUAGAAAGCAAUAACAGUAUUUUUCAAGUCUUAAGAUGUUUUUUUACGGUAAUAUACGACAUGCAUAGAAGCAACUAAAAUUCAUCAUGUAUUAAAUUAUUUAAUUAAUUAAUUUA